AUGUCUGAACAAAAAACUUUAAGAUUAGGUUCAAUUGCUCCAGAUUUUAAAGCAGAAACUUCAAAUGGUCCAAUUUCUUUUCAUGAUUACAUUGGUGAUUCAUGGGCCAUUCUUUUUUCUCAUCCAGAUGACUUCACUCCAGUAUGUACUACUGAAUUAGGAGCAUUUGCUAAAUUAGAACCUGAAUUUGCUAAAAGAAAUGUUAAAUUAAUUGGUUUAAGUGCUAAUAAUACUGAUUCUCAUAAAUCUUGGAUUAAAGAUAUUGAUGAAGUUACUGGAUCAAAAUUAACUUUCCCAAUUGUUGCUGAUCCAAAAAGAGAAGUUGCUAAUGCUUAUGAUAUGAUUGAUUAUCAAGAUGCUACUAAUGUUGAUGAUAAAGGUGUUCAAUUAACUAUUAGAUCAGUUUUUGUAAUUGAUCCAAAAAAGAAAAUUAGAACUAUUUUAUCUUACCCAGCUUCAACCGGUAGAAACACUGCUGAAGUUUUAAGAAUUGUUGAUUCAUUACAAACUGGUGACAAAUACAGAGUUACCACUCCAAUUAACUGGGUCAAGGGAGGUACUAACUUUCAUGUCAUUGAUGAUGUUAUCGUCGCUCCCAGUGUUUCUAACGAAGAAGCAAAGACUUUAUUCCCAAAAUUCAGAAUCAUCAAACCAUAUUUAAGAUUAACCCCAUUAGAUUUGGAAAAUUAA